CCCCAUGUUGCCAGCAGGCUGGCGCGUGUUGGGGCAGGGGCCGGCUCUGGCACCUUCGUCGCGCCUCCCCCCGCUGUCCGUUGCCAUACCAGGACCGCGGCCCCGGGGGGUCAGCCGUACCCGGGGGGCGCAGCCGGACGCGCCGCCCCGCCAUUUAGGCUCAAACCUGCCGCCCAGCGCCUCGCGCCAGAUGCGUCAGCAGCCCCCUCGCGCCCGCGGAGCCGCCGCGCGCCGUCCCCAGUAUAAGCGCCUGCCGUUCAGCCGCCCGCCCCAAGCGGGGCUGCCAGAGGCUGCUCCCCGAGUGGCGCUCGCCCAGCUUGGCGUCGCAGUGGCUCGCGCUGAUGCGCUCGCUGCAGGCCCAGGGGCACGAGGUGCAGCAGACCGUCGGCUUUGCCAUUCGGGGGGGCCAGCUCAGCGUGGAGCAGGCUGGCGCUCGCAGGAAGGCCGCCGCGAGCCGCCACAAGUCCGCUGGCAUCACGUUCGGGGCGAUGGUGGCUCAGAGGUGCGCGGCCGAGGAGCAGCGCCCGGCGCUGGGGCAGGCUACCGUUGGCGCGGCGCUGCGCCUCGGCGGCUCCAUCGCGCGGAAGCCAGCGCACGGCAGGAGGCUGCUCCAGAUGGGGCGCGCGCCCCUCCGGCUGCGGGACGGCGGCGCCGCCAGCGCGGCGUCGCCCUCCGCCUGAGUCGCAUGACGGUCUGGCGGAGGAAAGCUUGGCGCUCGUGGCGGUGUGCUUCUGCUGCCGCGGGCGGCGACCGUCCGCGGCCAACGCCACCGCUUGUCGUGAGCCUCUGCGGAAAACAGCUGCUCGCCACCAGACAUCCAGAGGCUCG